GCGAAGGGCGCAUCUCUUAACGCAUCUCUCCUCGUAGAACGAACGAAACGAAAACCUACCGAGUCUUACCUCUUCACUGGGCGUGAUGCGGACCAACAUGACCUCGAUUCCAUCUACGCCGUGGGCACCAACGCAUUUCUGCAGCUAUGCACAUUGAACGAUGUGUUUCGAGAAUUCGAGGGGCCUUUAUUUUCGGACUCGUCUAGGCAGACGGAUAGGACGCUCCUUCCUAUGUCACAGACCGCAGAGUUGGACGCCGUGAUUGCAAGGUUUUUACCGCUGCUAGGACCGUAUCUGAUCGAGGCGCCCACUGGCAGAGCUUUGGAGUGGCUUGUGAGGAGGUUCAGGAUCCACGAGUUCAAUGUCGAAUCUAUUCUGGCAUUGUUUCUGCCAUACCAUGAGUCUCCGCAUUUUGCCAAGAUGCUAUCUAUCCUACACAUCAAGCCGAACUCAACAUGGAUAUUCCUUUUGCCCUUCAAGGCAGCGGCUCAAAACAUCCAGCGGCCCGCUCUGGUCACAGAGAUGCUGAAGAACGCGGAUGCAACCCACUUUGUGGUCAACCUUCUCCCCUCAGCGCUCAAAGGCGGCUACUCCCACCACACUCUCCUCGCGUUUAAUGCUGCAACAGUCCACGAUUAUCUCAAACGAGCUAAAUCGCUGGACGAGGGGACUUUGGCGCUUCUUUUGUCCGCUUUCCUCGAGCCACUAUCUUCCAAAUUCGAGGCCCCAAGAGAUGCUGUUCUUGGAAGCUAUAUCUUGAUCGCUGCCUUGACUCAAGUCUGUCAGUUAACCGCAACUGCUUUGAAGACCACCAUCGGCGCUAUGGCUGGUUGCGCGAAGCGUGUUUCCACCCGCCAGUUUGUGAAUACACUGGUGGCUGUAUGCGAAGCUCAGGAGCAGUUGGAUUCCUUCACGGAUGGAACUGCGAAGAAUGUUCUCCGGUUGCCAAACAUCGCACAAGAACUUCGGAUCGCAGAGAAAUAUGCAGGGGCGGAGAGUCUGUACGCUCCCCUACUCACGAGUGCAUGCAAACACAUUGAGGACGAGGCAUUGCCGCCGUUUCUCGAAUACAUCAUUGGGUCGCCCACGGCUCUUGUGGGCGUCAUCAAGCAUCUGACUGCAGUUCUCCUGCGCGCGGCUGUUUCAGAGGACGAUAUUCUUGCGACGAACAACACACUGUUGGGCAGCAUCUUGCCAAAGAUCAAGCAGAUACAUCCAGAAUGUUUCGAACAAGUGGUUGCUGAGCUUUCCACGGCGCAACCCGAUCUACAAGCAACGCUCAACGAGUUCGUUGUGUCGUUGGCAAUUUCAGGGCCUCUUGCACGGCUCGCUACAUCCGAAGGCACGAGUGUGGUCGCUUCGAUGAAUUCAGACGAGCAUGCUCGUGCAGCUGGCGUCAAGGAGCUGCUGAAAAGCGCCAGGCAGAAUCUCACGGAAUCCGUGCGCGACGCUCUUAUUGCUCGCGUCCAAGACACAAGUGUCAUCGUGCUUACAGCUCUGUAUUCUGAUCCGGUUUCCCUGCUCCCUAUCUUCCUCCAUGAACCAAAACGCUACAUCGAUGGACUUUCUUUGUCCUUCGGCAGCGGCCAAAAGAUCAGACGUCAUAUCCUUCGCCUUCACCUUGGUUUUUUGGCGACCCAUUUCUGUGCCAAAGCCACAUCCGAGUCGAAGGAGGAUGUGUUCCAUCAGAUCAUCUUUCCGUUUUUGUUGUUCUCCAAGACCAGGCAGCAUACCGCCGAGCUCGUCUGGGAAGUCAUCUCGCAGAAUCCGGCUAUCCGGCACGAGCUGUUGAUUGGUUGUGUGACCAACAUGGACGGCGACGACAGCAACAAGAUGGCGCAUAUCAAUGACUCGACGAGGCGCAGAAUCGCUGAAAACAUACUCAACUCGGACCGUUAUGCCACGCACUUGAGUGCGCUCGUCCGUAAGGCGCAUGACGCUGACCCCAACGUGCGGGUCCUGGCCUUGCUAAUUAUGCGAGCUCUGCUCGAGCAACUCUCUGGCGAACGUUUGCUGGAUGCCGCGAGCCAGGCUUUCGAGGCCGUUAAUUUGCAACAACUUCCAGAUGUUGACGCAUCCCUGCUGGGAUCACAAGGCCUGAUCCAGUAUCUCAGCCAAGCUGUAAUCGGAAAGAUGGUCGUGCACAAGCUCACCAGUAAGACGACGACAAGUUGGCUACAGAUAUCUAUUCUGGCCUUCGUAGCUUCUGUUCCCAAACAGGCCGGACGAGUCCCUGACUGGUUUGGGCCUUCGGAUCCUCACGUGCAACUACAGCGAUCCGUCUACAGGAUUGCCAACUCGACUGCGGCGACGCCUCUCCUCAGCAUAGGAUUGCUCUCGGAACUCUUCGCCACCCUCAAGGAUGAUUCCUUGGCAUUCUUGUCAGGCCUGUGGACGAUGGCAGAAAACAACAAUGAGAGCUGGAUUUGCCUUCUGGCUCUACGCCAUGCCGCUGCAUUCCUGCAAGCCCACAGUGAGGAAUCGGAUGCUGUUGAUUUUCAGACGAUUCUGCCUGCUUUGGUCGUGUGCUUGUCCAGCAAGACGAGACAAGUUCGGGAGGCCGCUUCAGAAUGCAUUGCCCUGUUGCAGCGCAUGGCCAACGAAGCCAAGUUCUCUGCAGUCUAUGCAUUCGAUGCAAUCUACGGGACUACAGAAGCCAGCCUUCAAUACGUGUCUGCAGCAGAGCUCGGCCGCUACCUCAACGCACUCACCGACCAUAGAGAGCAUAUCGCCCUGGACUUCCAUUCUAUAAAAGUUCUUCAUGCUCAGCACCUCACCAGAGCAAAGAGCGACGCGAAAAAGGAUGCGGAAUACAAACAGCAUAUACUGUGCUAUCUUCUGUCCCAUGUUGUUGCUGUCCCGCUGACAUCCAUGCGCGUCGUGCUUUUGGAGGUCCUUCAAAAUGUGUCGGAUGCCUCAAAGAGCACUGUUCUGACGCCACUCAUCUCAGCCGCGAGUCACGGCAGCUUGGAGGAACGGCUCGCUUCACUCGUUAUCGCUUCGUUCGACACUUCGACCGUUUCAAUCUUGAAUGAUGUCAAGAACAAGACGUGGAUAGACGUCUUUGUUCCGUUGUUGGAAUAUUGUUUCAAGUCUGCUUCACCCUCUUCCUGCCGUCAAGUGCUGUUAGGAAACCUGGAGAAGCUAGUCAGUCAACUCACUCUGGAGAGGAAAGUGGCACUGUGUGAAGUUGUUUUGACUGCGGGAGUUAAAGAUGCGGAUAUGUACCUGUCUGCAAAGACUCUUGUUGCCACUGCUCUCAGCGAUAUUGCAGUCAGCAUGCAUCUGCUCGGAAACAUCCGACCAGACGCCAGCUCAAGUCCUCGUGCCAGCAAACGUGCCAAGCUAUCAGAAGUGCCAGACGACAGCUUUGCCCGGCUCAGUCUUCUUGCAGAGGUUUUGGCUGACAUGGCUCUGCCCGGGUCCCUUGAUCUCGUGUCCCGACUGCUGGAGACGUUACAUCAUGUCGUGCAAUCCAACGCGCCGGCUGAUGUCGACGUCAGCUACAUCGAGCAGUCACUGAUGUCUGCUAUCGAGCGCUCGGCAGAGAAGAUUGCUACUCUAUCUUCCUCCAUCCAUCUUGAUAUUCUGGUUGAGCUUAUCCGCGUUGCCGAUAACCCGCAAACAUCGAACCAAGCAUUGCUGCUCAUGGCUACUCUGGCCCGUCUGGCUCCUGAAUCGGCUCUGCAAAAUGUGAUGCCUGUUUUCACCUUCAUGGGCUCAAAUGUGUUCCACCGUGACGACUCGUACAGCUUCAAAGUGGUCCAGAAAACAAUCGACAGCAUCGUCCCGGUGAUGGUCGCCUCCCUCAAAAAGUCGCAGCCCUCGAGAUUAGAGCUCUAUAUUGCUGCCCGAGACUUUGUCAGAGUGUUUACCGAUGCGUCAAAUCACAUUCCGCGACAUCGCAGGACACACUUCUUUGGUCAUCUUACGAGUGUCCUGGGCGUGUCGGAUUUCCUGCCCCCACUGUGCAUGCUGCUUGUUGAAAAGCUCGGCGCUCGCGUAAUUCGGCAAAACCACGAUGAGCUGCAGAACACUUUGGCCUUACCCAUUUCUGUCAUCCACCGACAGCCAGUCGAGCUCCAAAUCUUUGUGCGCACUCUCAUAUUGUCGAAAGUUUGGUUUUUGACAGCGUUCAGGUUCUCACGGAAAUGCUCCGAGAAUCACAGAGACUACUCGCACGAGCGGCCGAUCCCGAGAAUCUCGAGCCGUGUCUGUUGGAUACCUCUCCGUGAGCCGGUUUACAUUGGGCGGUGUCACGUGUCCCGCUAACCGUACCUCAGCGACGAUAACCAGCUCCAG